GGUCCGUUUCAGAUGCGCGGGCACAGUCCCUAAUACAGAGAGCGCUCCCAGCUUCUGACCAACGACAGCUCUACGCCGCUCCCCGCGUCGCAGGACUGUCAAGUGAAAAUGGGUCUCGAAAAGGUGAAUUACGAAACGAGUAUUAUCAUGGACGAGGACGAGUUCAACAGAUCCAUCGAACCGAUUCUGUCGAAAAAUGACAAAGUAUAUGCGGCGAUUCCAGACCGAGAUCCCAAUGACAUAAACGCGCACUUAAAGGUUGGUUUUGACGAUGUGAUGGCAGAGCCCAGUUCGAGCCACAGCUUCGACAAAGUAUGGAUAGGAAGUCACGCUGUCUUCGAACUGGUCAAAUAUGGCUUCUACCUAAUAUUGACCACCAUCCUUGCCGUGCCCAUGGCGUUUAUCCUUGGUAUUGUCUUCGGGGUUUUCAGCUGUGUUCAUAUUUGGGUGCUGAUGCCAGUGGUGCGGAGCUGUCUGAUGGCGCUGCCCUCUGUCCAGGUGGUCUGGAGCAGCCUGACAGACAUGUUUGUCACCCCCCUCUUCCACAGUAUGGGCCGGUGUCUGUCAUCAGUUCACAUCAAGACCACAGACAACUGAUAGGGGCUUUCCUUCCCUGUCAUGAAGACUCACAGAGGGGGGAAAGCAGGGGGUCGGAUGAGAGAGACAUAAAAAUGAUUUAUUUAAGGCUAUAACUUUUUUGACUGAUGUCUAAGUAGAAAAAUACUUAGACAUAGUUAUUGUGUUGAAAUAUAUAAGCUCUUUAUAAAGCCAACAUCAACACUCCAUAAUAUCUGGUAGAAUUAUGAUAGAAUAAUUUAUAAGAAGGCUAACUGCUACCUGUAAAGUAAUGAUACGUUUAUAAGUGGUCAUAAAGGUUGAUUGGGGUAAACUUCCCUUAGACAACACCAUGACACCAUCUGGGUAAUAACAUGAUCCAACAUGAUCAUUUAUGUCAUCUGGAAUUUUACAAAAGAUUAAUAUUAAGGUUUGAUGUUUAUAGAAGUUCUUGUGUCCAGCUUUAUAAAGGGUUUGUAUGUAUACUGCCAAAAGGACCAUUUUGCAUCUUGUCAUUCCAUAGUUCUGAUUCUGAUUCUAAAGAACUGUUUUAAUCAUAUUUGAUCAGAUCAGGGCAACAUGGUUUUUGACGAUAAGGCAUCAUACCAUCCCUGACAGCAGACAUGUAAUAUUUGCGUAGUUUCUGCUUUUUAUGUGAUGUAUAUAUAGCAAUUCGGCUGGAAAUUGAAUGAAUGAAUUCCUUCAUAUGUUUUCUGUAAUAGAGUGUACAUAGAUCCAAGAUUCUGGGACGCAGCUUAUGGCAUACUUGUGCAGCCUUAUUUUGCUACUGCUGUGUUGAUCUCACAGUGCUUUGGAUAUAUUUUGGGGCUUUUAUACUAAGGGGCAGUUUCCAUUACGCUUGCUUUUCUGUGUCCAGUAAACCGUCCCUAAAAAACCUACGGUAAAAACAUAAGACAGUUGUAUACAUUUAAACAAGAAGUGGACUAAAUGUCCAAUAUAAUAUAAAACAGGAGUACUGGCUCUCUAACUUACUAUUUAUAUGCCACGCACAUUUGUCCUGUUUCUUGAUUGUCCAUGUUUUGAUUGAACUCAUGAAAAAACUGGACAGAACAUGCUGCUUGUGUUCCUUAAGAUAAUGAGGUGAAUACACUCGUUAAUUCUAUUGAGUGAAGCCUUGAUACACUUGUCAGGUACAUGGCUGAAGGCCUACACUCUUAGAAAAAAAUAAAAGGUACUAUCUAGAACCUAAAUGAGUUCUUCAGCUGGCUCCAUAGGAGAACCAUUUGAAGAACCCUUUUUGGUUCCAGGUGUGUUCCGUGUAGAACCCUUUCCACAGAGGGUUCUACAUGGAACUCAAAAGGGUUAUACUUGGAACCAAAAAGGGUGCUCUUAUGGGGACAGUCGAAGAACCCUUUUGGAACCCUUUUUUCUAAGAGUGCAGGUGCUGCUGAGGUUGUUUUAGCAGUUAGUAGUAGCUAGCGUGCAUGCUUUACUUCAAAACCCAACUAUAGAGAGAAUCUCUACAGACAGAUAUCUGACAGAUAGUGCCACCAGUUCUUCACAGCUCAUAUCAAUAAUAGGACUCACACAAGACCAUGUGCUUUGUUUAACCUUUUACUGCAGUGGGCUGAAUCAGGGUCACAACGGAGUGUUUCUUGGUAGUCUUAAACAAAUCUACUCUGAAACAAAAGUAUACACCUCACACACAUGGUUAUGGGCUUUAAAAAAGAAGACACCUGUACCAUGUCAGAUAUUGAGUUGGAAUGUAUUCAUUCAUGGAAUGUAUCCCAUUAUUAGCCUUUACAUACAUCACAGAAGACUGAAAUGUCAACAACAAAAACAUAUGACAUAGAAACACCGGAUUGUCUGUUAUAAAAGAAAUGUAUGUUUAUUAAUUAUGAAAUUAUAAAAACUAUUAAUAACAUUCCACCCAUGAGGCCACUAGAGGGAAAGUUUGUCAUUUGACUGCAGGAAAGGGCCAAUCAAGCGCAGCGGUUCUCUCAGUGACUUCUAAUCAUUUGGCUAUAAAGCAAGACAGUUCACAGACCAUGUCUGUACUUGGCUGAGUUGGUUCUUCUCUACCGAGAGAAAAUUGCAGGUGUGAUUGUAUCGGUGUUGAGUUUGGGCUGGAGUUUUUUUUAUGAGAUGAAACAUUGUAGCAAAAAUGGACAACGAUAUGAUUAUAAUUCUGCUCAACAAACGACACGUAUUCUUUGAUUUGUGUAAAGUACCAAAAAUGUUCCUUUUCUUCACCAAAUAAAGAUUCUUAUUUCUAAAA